CUCCCCAAUGGCCAUGUUCUCUACUGACACUACUCAGAUUCUGGUCUUAGGAAUCCCAUGUAUCGUGGCACUGGCUGCUGCUGUGCGUCUAAGUACUCGCAAACGUGUCCAAGGCCACGCUUUGCCUCUGCCUCCUGGCCCUCGGGGGUUACCUUUUUUGGGUAACGCUCUCCAGCUGGACGUUGAGCACCCUUGGCUCACAUAUUCUGCGUGGGGGAAGAAAUAUGGAAAAAUCAUUUCCUCCCGCCUCCUCGGCAUCGACAUGAUUGUCAUAAACUCUGAAGCCAUCGCACGGGAGUUGUUGGACAAGCGCUCCAUAAAUUAUUCGGGACGCCCGUUUAUUCCCACCAAUGAAAUAUAUGGACUCGAUUUCAAUACCGUCCUCCUUCCGUACCCAGGGGAAGCCAUCAAACAACAUCGCCAGAUCUUCCAUGACGUCCUCCGGGCAGAAGCAUCCGCUUCAUACCAUGAGAUGUUCACGAAACACACAAACGAACUCAUCCUUAAUCUUGUGACUGCCACUGGUGAUCUGCAGUCACAAACUCAUGCAUACGCGGGUUCCCUAAUCAUGGCUGUGAUAUACGGACAUUCCGCACACGGACAUGAUGACCCCUUCCUUGCAGGCGCGUAUGAACUCGGGGAGAUCGGCAAACAUAUUACAUCUCCUGAGAAGGCUGCCAUGUUCACAGCCUUCCCUAUCCUCGAAAAGAUGCCACUUUGGAUAUUUGGCGGAGUCUAUGCCAAGAUAGAGCGCAGUAGAUCGUUAGCUCAACAGCUUUUGAGCGGACUCUUUAAUGAGGUGAAGGCACAAAUGGCCAAUGGUACUGCCAAGCAGUCAUUAGUCGCUGAUUUCCUUAGCCAACCCCAUGACGAGACUGGCGAAAAGAUGAUGAAGGCUGUUGCAUUGACAGGAUACACUGCUGGUAUAGACACCGUUGCAUCCGUAAUGCACAUGUUCAUGCUGGCUAUGGUUCUUCAUCCUGAGAUCCAAGAGCGGGCUCGUGCGGAAAUUAACAGAGUCGUGAAGCCUGAUGCAAUGCCGUGCCUUGCUGACGAUAGGGCGUCGCUACCCUACAUUGAUGCCAUUCUAUGGGAGGUCCUCAGAUGCUAUCCUUUCGCCCCCCUAGGUGUUCCGCAUACGACGUCAAAUGAUGAUGUUUACGACGGGUACUUUAUACCCAAAGGUACGAUCAUAAUGGUUAACCAAUGGGCUCUGUCUCGGGAUGAAGAAGUGUACCCCGAUCCAUCACGCUUCGACCCUAACCGCCAUCUAACGGCUGAUGGGCAGCUGAAGGAACCUUUCACCACUCAUUUUGCAUUUGGUCAUGGCAGGCGCAUUUGUCCUGGUCGUUACUUCGGAGAUCACGGUAUUUGGACUGCUGCCACUGCCAUCCUCGCUGUCUUGCGCAUCAAUCAUGCCAAAGACUCGAACGGAAACCAGAUUGAGAUCAAGCCGGAAUUCACCACUGGGUUGGGAGUUCACCCGCUACCUUUCCAGUGCUCGUUUGAAAUCGUGAAUUCUACAAGAGAACAGCAGCUUCGGAACUCGGUGAAUUUCAGCCAUUAGACAGCGGUCCUGCUGGUAGCAUUUCUUACGAUCUUUUCGGUAUCAUGGUAUUUAACAUAUCUUUUGAUUUCGAAUGUACAAAAAUGGUGUCAGCGUGCUGCAGUUCCCAUUAACAUUGUACAUAUAUACUGUCUUGAUACUGAAUCGCUUAGAAUGUAUGCAACUAGAGGCUGGGCUAACUCUGCCAAUGUUACUUUCAGCGAACAUUUUCGCUGUUCGUUUAUGAUGCUCUAAACAUAUGACAC